GCGCCUUAUGAUAGAGAAGAUUGCUGCUCACCUUGCUGACUUCACCCCUCGUCUUCAAAGCAAUACAAGAGCGCUCUACCAAUACUGUCCUAUCCCGGUUAUCAACUAUCCACAACUGGAAAAUGAGCUGUUCUGUAAUAUUUAUUACCUCAAGCACCUUUGUGAUACACUCAGAUUUCCAGACUGGCCAAUUAAAGAUCCAGUUAAACUGCUGAAAGAUACGCUAGAAGCUUGGAAGAAGGAGGUAGAAAAGAAGCCACCUACCAUGUCAAUAGAUGAUGCUUAUGAAGUCCUUAACCUUCCCAAAGGGCAAGGCCAGCAUGAGGAAAGCAAGAUCAGGAAAGCUUAUUUCAGGCUGGCACAAAAAUACCACCCAGACAAGAAUCCGGAAGGCAGGGAUAUGUUUGAAAAAGUUAAUAAAGCAUAUGAGUUCCUAUGCACAAAGUCUGCCAAGGUGAUAGAUGGGCCAGAUCCAGAAAACAUAAUUUUGAUCUUGAAAACUCAAAGCAUCCUCUUCAACAGGCAUAAGGAAGAGUUGAAACCUUACAAAUAUGCAGGCUAUCCUAUGCUGAUAAAGACUAUUACCAUUGAAACUUCGGAUGAUCUCUUGUUUUCCAAAGAAUCUCCUCUCUUGCCUGCUGCUACAGAACUUGCUUUCCAUACUGUCAAUUGUUCAGCAUUAAAUGCAGAAGAACUGCGAAGAGAAAAUGGAAUUGAGGUGUUGCAAGAAGCGUUUAAUCGCUGCGUAGCAGUCCUGACUCGUUCUAGUAAACCAGAUGAUAUGUCUGUGCAGGUAUGUGGAUAUAUUAGUAAGUGUUACAGCGUAGCAGCUCAAUUUGAGGAAUGCAGAGAGAAGAUUACAGAAAUGCCUAACAUCAUUAAGGACCUCUGUAGACUACUGUAUUAUGGCAAGAACAUACCACGAGUAGCUUCUUUGGGAGUAGAGUGUGUUAGCUCCUUUGCCUUAGAUUACUGGCUCCAAACACACUUGUUCCAAGCUGGAGUUCUCUGGUACUUGCUGGGUUACCUUUUCAACUAUGACUAUACGCUAGAAGAGAGUGGAAUUCAGAAGAGUGAAGAUUCAAAUCACCAGGAGGUAGCAAAUAGCCUUGCUAAGCUCAGUCUCCUGGCCUUGAGUCGCCUUGGAGGGUAUCUCUCCGAAGAACAAGCUACACCUGAAAACCCAACGAUCAGGAAAAGCUUGGCUGGAAUGUUGACACCCUACAUUGCAAGGAAACUUGCCGUGGUCAGUCCUACUGAGACUCUGAAGAUGCUUAACAGUAACACAGAGAACCCCUACUUGAUCUGGAACAAUGGGACGAGAGCUGAAUUACUUGAGUUUUUGGAAUCUCAACAAGAAAGCAUGAUUAAGAGAGGUGAUUGUGACAAGAGCUAUGGAUCUGACUUUGCCUUCAGUGACCAUGCAAAAGAACUUAUUGUGGGAGAGAUUUUUGUUAGAGUCUACAAUGAGGUCCCUACCUUCCAGCUAGAGCUUCCCAAAGCAUUUGCUGCAAGCCUCUUGGAUUACAUAGGCUCCCAAGCACAGUACCUCCACACGCUAAUGGCCAUAACGCAGACUGGGAAAGUAGAGUCCAAUCAACACGGAGACCGGUUACGGAGAGUUGAAAUGGCCCUGGAGGCUCUGAGAAAUGUGAUAAAACACAACCCAGGUUCUGAGUGUGAAUGCAUAGGUCACUUUAAGUUGAUAUUCUCCCUUCUGCGUGUUCAUGGAGCUGGCCUGGUGCAGCAGUUGGCUCUGGAGGUAGUGAACAUAGUAACAAGUAACCAAGAAUGUGUUAACAACAUUGCGGAGGCAAUGGUUCUCGCUAACUUACUGGCACUUCUGCAUUCCUUACCUUCAAGUCGGCAACUUGUCCUUGAAACUUUGUAUGCUUUGACAUCCAGCACAAAAAUAAUUAAAGAGGCCAUGGCAAAAGGUGCUUUAAUCUACUUACUAGAUAUGUUUUGCAACUCAACUCAUCCGCAGGUCCGAGCCCAAACUGCAGAGCUCUUUGCCAAAAUGACUGCAGAUAAGCUGGUGGGUCCAAAGGUUAGAAUUACACUAAUGAAAUUUUUACCUGGAGUCUUCAUGGAUGCCAUGAGAGACAACCCGGAAGCUGCUGUUCAUAUCUUUGAGGGAACUCAUGAGAAUCCUGAGUUAAUUUGGAACGACAACUCCAGGGAGAGAGUAUCGACGACAGUUCGAGAAAUGAUGCUUGAGCACUUUAAACUUCAGAGGGACAACCCUGACACUAACUGGAAGCUGCCUGAAGACUUUGCUGUGGUGUAUGGUGAGGCAGAAGGUGAACUUUCAGUGGGGGGAGUCUUCCUAAGGAUUUUUAUUGCCCAGCCGGCCUGGGUUCUACGGAAACCAAGAGAAUUUCUCAUUGCACUGUUGGAAAAGUUUACUGAACUACUGGAGAAAAAUAACCCCCAUGGGGAAACUUUAGAAACCGUUACCACAGCAACUGUGUGCCUGUUCAGUGCCCAGCCUCAGCUGGCUGAUCAAGUUCCUCCGCUUGGUCAUCUCCACAAGAUAAUCCAAGCCAUGAACCACAAGAACAAUGCCAUUCCGAAAAGUGCCAUUCGUGUCAUGCACAUCCUGUCUGACAAUGAGCUUUGUGUUCGAGCAAUGGCAUCCCUGGAGACCAUUAGCCCUCUCAUGAAUGGAAUGAAGAAGAGAUCAGAUAUAGUUGGUGUAGCCUGUGAAGCACUUAAUCGAAUGUUUCAGAAGGAGCAAAAUGACUUAGUAGCCCAAGCUUUGAAAGCAGAUUUGGUCCCUUACCUUCUAAAGCUACUUGAAGGUGUUGGUCUUGAGAACCUGGAAAGCCCAUCUGCAACAAAAGCUCAGAUUGUCAAAACUCUGAAAUCCAUGUCUCGCAGCCUGCAGUACGGAGAACAGGUAAAUGAAAUUCUGACUCGUUCUUCUGUGUGGAGUGCCUUCAAGGAUCAGAAACAUGACUUGUUCAUUUCUGAGACACAAACAGCAGGAUACCUCACAGGCCCUGGAGUUGCUGGUUACCUUACUGCAGGGACGACGUCAUCUGUAAUGCCCAACGUACCGCCCCCCGUAGACAGCGAAGUGGGAGAUGUCAGCUAAGGACUGGAGGUUCUUGUCACAGAGACAGAAAGGCAGACUGGCCAGUGACGAGGAACAGCACUUUCCUCCAGCACAUUGAAGUGAACUCACUGCCUUUCCAAGUGUUUAAUGACAGUGUUAUUCCUUUUUCUAUGACUGUUUUGGUUUUUUGGGUUUUUUCUUUUUUUAGGAAAAAGUCAGUGAUUCUAACUAUCACACUGUAACACAAGAAAGCACUCUGUGGAUCAGCUCAAAUGGGUACACAAGAAUUUUUUUUCUUGUUGUACAUAAGCACAUUUUGUUCCUUUAUAUUUGUUUACAAGACUGUGAAUCAAACUUUCCUAGUUUUUAUAUUUUGUGAAUUAGCAUGACUGGAGUUGAGCUACAGUCUAGAGGAAUUGGGCUAAAAUCACUUUGACCUCACCAACCCUUCCCCAAAAGGGCAUCCCUUCUGUUCCCAGUCUGAUGUGAUCACUCCCAUUGAACAUGACUUGCAAAGGGUUUGUCCCUGCACCACUUCACUCAUGUCCUUAAUCAUUAACAUUAUCUUCUUCCUGAGAUCAAACAGCAUUAGACAUUCGUAUGUAUAACUGGCUUGACCAAAUUGACAAAGCUUCAGCAAAAAACCUUAAAGUUGACAUGUUAUGUAAGAAAUUAGUGUAAUUGUGAAAUGUUCUAUACAUUAUCCAGUAUAUAAAAACUUUCUAUAUUGAGUGUACAUUAUACAGAUCAUUCAUAUGUACAUAAAAUUUUAAAAUAAAGGGAAUUAAGAGCCUUGUUAAUGAGAUAAA